GUCUCUUUACUUCUUGAAGCUGCAGCUAUCUGCGUCUCCCUUCCUAUUUUUUUUUCUCGCAAAAAUCUUUGACUAUAUAAAUAUACUUAUAUAGUCAAAGGCAAAAAUGUCGGAAAGCAUCUUCACCGCUGAGAUCAAUCGUCGUUCCGACACAAACGUCGCAUUCGCAUUGUGGCCGGAAUGGAAAGAUUUCGAUUUGAACAACGAGAAAUGGGGGAUCAAAAAUGGCCCCGACGGAUUAUUCGUGGACGCGGAGCGUGUUGCAAUACCACGAUCUUUAGAACCUGACUUAGAACACUGGAUACGAGCGAAGGAUUUGAAGCACUUGACUGCUUCUCCGACAGUAUAUACGACGACCAUGGAAUAUCCCGAUCUGAUUACAAACAAUAAACAUCUGUUACACAGUGAGUUUGUGAGAUGGUUUUUGUCCGCGCUGGUGAACUUGCAAUAUUGCGGUCGGGAGGGUUUAGACAUCAGCGGUGAGGACUCGAAUUUCGCGUGGACCGGUUACCGUAAUCCCUGGUAUGGUUGGAUGCACGUGUACUCCAUGAACAAAGCUGGGAAAGACACCCAGCAUCGGCCCGUGACAAAUCCAAACGGAAAGUAUAUCGUAAGAUUACAUUACAUGGGAUGCUGGCGUCGCAUUCUGGUGGACGACGUCAUUCCUGUUGAUAAAAAUGGCAGGCCUCUUUUACCGUGCACGUCCAACAACUUCGAACUAUGGCCGAUGCUUCUUGCCAAAGCGUUGCUCAAGAUUGCCUCGCUGACUUGGACCGAACGCCGCGAAAUUAUCGACUUCCAUCCAAUUGCUUGCCUCACAGGCUGGACUUGCUUGAUAAUAAACGUCGCUCAUCUAACGUUGCAAGACAAAUGGGAUUUGCUAACGAAAUAUUCCGAACACUUCGAAUGGACGCCGCGAACCGCGCACGAUUAUAUUCCAGGUGUGUCUAUCAAAUGUACGUGUUCGCGACGAUCUGGUUUGACAUUUCUUCGGUUAUCGCGUUACGUUACGUAUUCCCGUUUGUACUUCCGAAUAGAAAGCUCUGCGAAUGCGAGAAAACCCGGAGAAACUCAGCAACUGCUCGCGGCCGCCGAGACCGAGAGACCUCAACCAACCGCGUUGUUCCUUCUCUUGAGCGACACGCGAGCACUCGGAAGCGACGUGGUGCCUGGUCUGUCGCCCUGCUGGGAUCACGUAAUUUACGUCAUCCAAUCGCGUGACGUUCCUAUAGAUCCCAAAGAUGUAAAACCGCUAUUACCGAAGUGGAAGUUUCAUCGCUGGUUAAAGUGGGCCGUUUCGCGAAAUGUGAUCGAUCCUGCCGACUACUUUGUCCCGAUUCGUUACUUGAGGGUGAUCAGCCCUCUCGAGGAGUGCAACAGCAGCGUUGUUCGUGAUAAAAAUUACGUCGCGGGAAACUCGAUCUCCUCAAACGAGAUCGAACGAUCCGAUAAAUUUAUCCGGAGAAGAAUGAGAUCUCAGAGAACAUCAGACUUGCCCACCAUGUCGAAAGAAGAAGCAACGGAAAACGUCAAUCGAUGGAUCGACUUCAAUAAGAUGGCUUCAUACGUUACGGAGAUGCAUCUGUUCUACAAGCUGGAGCACUUCCAGUACUCCAGUCAAGUAACAAGCGACGUAUUAAAGAUAGCCAAUGAAAGUUAUAAAGCGGAAGCAGCAAAAGUUGCUUCAAAAGAAACUGGAAAGGAGAAAGAUAUUUACAAUAGCGGCAAGAUUUUGAAAUCCAGAUACAAACCUUUGUAUUUAUUUUGCGAUUCUCCGAAGAAAAAAUUUUUCCUGUUCAAUCUUUGCACCGCACCGAAACAUAAGAAUUCCAAUUUGCACGAAAAAGAUUACUUGAUCGUGGAAAAGUACAACUGGUUUUUCAUAUCGGAGCCAUCGAAUCAAUCAAUAAUUAUUUCCACAACCGGUAACAAGUCGACCAUUGUGGAAUUGAAAGCUGGUAGGCAACUCUUGCGGAUUCACAGCCAUUCAGACUUCGGUCUGACGACUAUUUCUUCAGACACGAAUUUUCAUCUUGGAGAUUGUGCGACUGUGCAACAACUGAUGACCACAGAGUCCGACAGAAUCGAACAGAUAUCGAAAGUAAUUAGCGAUAACCUUUGCAAGGCUUAUCGAUCGUUUGGAACAAGGGAUUAUCCAGCAAUGUUAAAGAAUCUCUACCGAAGCUACGUGCCUAAUUUGCAGUUUGCCUCUUCAAAACAAAAUAAAAAUUUUCGAACGCUGAUACACCGUUUCUUUAUGGAAGAACAAAUUAAAUUAAUCAAAAAGACUGUUCCCGAUGAAGAACUCAAAGACAUUCUCCAUUCUUUAAGAGUGUUCUUCCUAAAUCCGCAUAUUAGAUCAGAAUACCUCGAUUUAAUGACAAAUCAAAAGAUUCUUCGAAAUCUUACAAAGGAGACUUCGAAAAUGUGGUCUUCCACUUCAUCUAACCGUAAAGAAGUCUUUACUUACGAUCAAGCAGCGACAACGAUUCAAUCCUUCUUCAGGAUGAGUCUAGUAAAGGGGUAUAAACAACUUCACAGUCCUGAUCACGCUCUCCAUACACAAAUUCGUGAACGACUUCAGAAAAUAUCCGACCUAUUUGACCCAUCUGUCGCAAGUCGAUUAUUAAGAAACCUCAUUAACCGUCAUAAUGGCUUGCGCAAUCUGUAUCCUUGCUCCGAGGACUUUAUUCACGUUCUGAAUAUUCAGGAGUUUAGGGGAGUCCUGGAAAACAUCAGGCAUGAGCAGUGGUUCCCAAUUGUCAGAAUUGUUGUGAAUCCCAAGCCAGACGCGGUUCUCGCGGCCUUCGAAUUGCUAAUCAAUCUUCCUCGUUUUGCAUUGCGUGUCUUCAAUAAUCAAAAUGGACGCGAGAUGACGCGUCUCGUGAACUGCGUGAUGCCAGGUCAUUACAAAUACCUUCCGGACGGUUACACGGUGUUUGCUUACGGCUGGAGCGAUAAACAGCAUUUCAAAGAGCUUGACUGGACAUUUCGCGUGAUUACUGUGAAAGGUGAUUCAAUGUUUUAUCAAGUGGAUGAGCAACGGCCUUUGUCCUUGGAGACGAAACCACCAAAACUGAUGGUCGACGAAUUAGUCGGUACCUAUAUUCCGAAUGUGAGAAAUUGUAUUUCGCGAUGUAUUCUGCGAGUGCCUUUGAAGAGAAGUAUCGUUUCGAUAAGAUUGACAACCUCCUACAGCCUGGCAAAGAUCAGAAUAAAGGUCAUCGAUGAAGAUGGCAACAUUUUGAUCGAUGUGAACGGCGGUUCGACAGUUUUGUUACCCUUCGUGAUCUUGAAGCAUGCCGCCGAGAAUGAUGAAGAUUACAGGACCGAGAAUAACAGUCGAGACAUAGGCAAAGAAAUAAAAAAUGCGGAGAAGAAAAAUUUGUAUUACAUAGAGGCUUUCGUGCUCAACAACAGCUGGCCUCUCACAGAUGUCGAGUGGACGGUCGCGAGUCAGGCAAAAAUGAAGAGCGCGGGGGAUAUAAAAACAACGAUACAAUCCGGAAAUAGAACGUCGUUGAGGUCAAGUCUGCCGACGAUGAGAAAGGACGUAAAACAAGUCAUAAGUAAUGACCAAACUUUGAAAUCUCCAUAUUGGAUUCUUCAGGUUGUUACAGAUGCUCGGGAUGCUGUAGAGAUCUGUCAAGACACGAGCAGAGAGUCAGAAAUAAUACUACUGAAAGAAUCCUGGUGGUCGAAGGAUCCGAAUCGAUCCGUACGUGGAAAGAAUUUGCGAGAAGCCUUUUUGAAUGCAUACGCCUCGAAAAUUGAGUCUGACGUGUCUUUGAAUCAAACUGGGACGCAACUGAGAUUAAUAGAAGACAAAGAUAUGGAGUUUUGUCUGUCGUACGCGAGACAAUACAGAACCUUGAAGCCAUCGGAAUUUCAUUACGAUCUGCCCGCUUUGGAUCUGACAAAAUACAUGAAAAGAGACAAGAACGCAAAGGAUCAGCGGAUAAAAACGAAAAACGACGAUGAGAUACUGAAAGAUCAACAUACCGCUAUUAUCGUCGACAGUCAGACGAAUUAUUUCGAUUACUUGAAGAAUUUGGCUGAGCUGAUGAACAAGCAAUUGCGAAGAUACUUGAAGCACUUCGGGAAGAAGGAAAAGAAUUUCUGGCAGAGAAGAACAUUCGUGGACGCUGUUUACGAAAUGAGGAAGAUCUACAUCGAUAGUUUGAUACUCGAGAAAGUGAAAAAUAAAGCGAAUAAGGGGAAGAAGGAUUAAGAAGAUUUUAUUUUAAGUGAUAUAAUAACUACUCUAUUACGUUUAAAAACACUAUGUGUUUUGUAAUUUAAAUUAAGUAUAUAUCCAAAAAUGACUAACUCUC